GAGCUCCCAGUCUCCCCGCGGCAAGCUUCAGAGCUCCAAGGAGCGGGAACGGGGAUUCCCUCAGCGCAGACUCCCGGUGCAGCUCCUGAGCACAAAGGCCACACCCUCACAGGCCAGGCAUCGCGGGGGGAUAGAGCGUUGGCUUCUUCCGAAGUACCUGGAUACCUGAGGUACCCAAGUAAGGACAGGAAUAAUGAAGAGACACGUGUGUUAGUUGCAACCUUUUGAACCAAGCAAGAAGGAAGUCAACAGUGUGGACAGGGCUGGAACGGUUGCCACGCUUGCUUGUUGGAGUGAAUGAGGAAUGGGCUUGUGAUUAUGCUGACAUUCCAGCAUGAAUCUGGUAGACCUGUGGUUAACCCGUUCCCUCUCCAUGUGUCUCCUCCUACAAAGUUUUGUUCUUAUGAUACUGUGCUUUCAUUCUGCCAGUAUGUGUCCCAAGGGCUGUCUCUGUUCUUCCUCUGGGGGUUUAAAUGUCACCUGUAGCAAUGCAAAUCUCAAGGAAAUACCUAGAGAUCUUCCUCCUGAAACAGUCUUAUUGUAUCUGGACUCCAAUCAGAUCACAUCUAUCCCCAAUGAGAUUUUUAAGGACCUCCAUCAACUGAGAGUUCUCAACUUGUCCAAAAAUGGCAUUGAGUUUAUCGAUGAGCAUGCCUUCAAAGGAGUAGCUGAAACUUUGCAGACUCUGGACUUGUCUGACAACCGGAUUCAAAGCGUGCACAAAAAUGCCUUCAAUAACCUGAAGGCCAGGGCCAGAAUUGCCAACAAUCCUUGGCACUGUGACUGUACUCUACAGCAAGUUCUGAGGAGCAUGGCAUCUAACCAUGAGACAGCCCACAACGUGAUCUGUAAGACUUCUGUGUUGGAUGAACACGCCGGGAGACCAUUCCUCAAUGCUGCCAAUGAUGCUGACCUUUGUAACCUCCCUAAAAAGACUACUGAUUAUGCCAUGCUGGUCACCAUGUUUGGCUGGUUCACCAUGGUGAUCUCCUAUGUGGUGUAUUAUGUGAGGCAAAAUCAGGAGGAUGCCCGGAGACACCUUGAAUACUUGAAAUCCCUGCCGAGCAGGCAGAAGAAAGCAGAUGAGCCCGAUGACAUUAGCACUGUGGUAUAGAGUCCAAGCAGACUGGCACUGAGAAAGAAAUUAGUUGGCAAUUGCAAUAGAUUAAGUGGUUUACUUCUCCCAUCCAUUGUAAACAUUUAAAACUUUGUAUCUCCGUUUCUUUUGAAUUAUGCCACUGUUGAACUUUUAACAAACAUGAUGACAUAACGAAUCAUUUUAGUUUAGGUGACCCACCCCUUACUUGUACCCCCAGUGGUAUAUUCCUGAGUAAGCUACUAUCUGAACAUAACUUAGAUCCAUCUCACUAUUUAAUAACGAAAUUUAUUUUUUUAAUUUAAAACCAAAUAAAAGCUUAACUUUGAACCAUGGAAAACA